CCAGAGGCUUCAGGCAAUUGAGAGUCAGCUGGUGUCAGCAGUUGUACGUGAUAAAGUGUCUAUUUUCCAGUCAUUUCUGUGGAAUUUAGUUAUAAAUGUGUUUUAGGUUUAUUUGUUUAUCAAUUAGUUAUGCAAUUUAAUGAUGUACAUUGCCUGUAGUUUUAAGAAGUCGUAUUAAAUAUGGAUAUAGAAACCGAAAAGGUUAUUGAGCUGGUUUUUCCGGAUGGAGUGCCAACAGAUUCGUGGAAGGAUAAUCCAGAGUUCUAUCAGUACUUAUCGAAACUGGGGGCGUUCGACGUGGAGCAAUUGAGUAAAGAACCAGAUCAUUUGGUAGAGGAGAAGAAUAAUGUGUUGCAGACAACUCAGGAGCUUGCUUUUUCCAACUACAAAACGUUCAUUCAAACUGCUGAGAGUUCACGAGAAAUCUUUCAUCAGUUCAACGAAACUGAGGAGCACCUGGAGAACCUCCUCGCCAAAAUUCCGCGCUUCGUCGAGAAAUGUCAGUCAUUCUGCGACAAAUCAAAGGACAUAAACACCCACAGAAGACUAAACACCCUGACCCUGAAGAAGACCGCCGAGAUGCUGGAAAUCCUGGAGAUGCCCCAGCUGAUGGAGACCUGCCUGCAGAGCAGUCAGUACAACGAAGCCCUCGAGAUAUCCCAAUACGCUCGACAAUUGGGAGUGAAGCACAGUGAAAUUCCAAUAAUCCAGUCGAUAGUAUCGUCGAUCGAGAACAGUUGGUCUGGAAUGGUGGGUCAGGUGAUUGGAUCCCUGAGGGGAGACCUGCCCCUGCCAAAGUGUCUCCAACUCGUUGGACUUCUGCGCUCCAUGGACGCCUUCACAGAGGCAGAACUCCGGAUAAAGUUCCUGCAGGCGAGAGACGGAUGGCUGCAGGGACUCCUCAACGCCAUCCCCAAGGAGGACCCCAAUUUCCACCUGGCGAAGACCAUUGAACUGUCCAGAAUUCACCUAUUCAACAUCAUAACGCAGUAUCGAGCGAUGUUCAACGACGACGAUCACUCCUCAUCGACUCGCGACGCCGUGAUAAACGAAUCAGCGAUAUUCUACCACUGGCUGGAGGAGAAACUGUCCCAGUUUCUGGUGACUCUGGAGCAGGACCUGCCUGGGGUGUCCUCCGUCGACUCCAUCCUGGGGCAGUGCACGUACUUCGGGUUGUCCUUCGGGAGGGUUGGGGCGGACUUCACGAGUCGAAUGUCUGAUAUAUUCGUCAGAGUCAUUGGGGGGAGAUUCCAGAAGAACGUUUACAGGACGACGAGGAGGUUUGAAAAGGACGUGGAGACUUUUACUCUGAUUAACAAGAUGCAUAGGGUUGAUAUUAAAGUGGAGACUCCUGGAAAAUCAGAAAAUCCCCCGGAAGAACUUGUCGACUUCUAUCCCCUGGCUGAAUACUGCAAUGGUCUCAUCGCGACGUUCAAUGAGCUCAGAGUGUGCCCACCUGUUGCCCUGGCUGAAUACUGUACCCAGAUACUGGAGGAAUCGUUGCAAUGUGUGGCUAGAGGGAUCUUGGUUUUCUACAAGCAGGAGCAACAGGCGUUUACCGCGAGUGAACGAGAGAAUAUGAUGAAAUUCGCUGAAUGCUUCAGCGAUCAGUUGAUACCGUACAUUCAGUACUGCAUUCACGCGAUUUUUCCGCAGAAUCAGAUCGCUAUGCAUCUCGAUAUUACUGUCGGGCAACUGCAAAAAGAGGGAAUCACGUUUUUGGAUAGAAAAAAAAUUGUCGAGCCACUGUCGACAUUAUUGCCGCUGAAAAGUGUCAUGAAAGAGUCAUUCCUUCCAACUUUGCCUGUAAUUGAGUCAUCGAAUGCACAAGAAUCAUCGUCAAGUGAAAAUACCAACAAAGUGGAGCCCAAGGAGUCAGAAUCGAUUGUCAGUCGAGAAAAUGGGAACAAUCUAAAUUCAGAAGAAGCAAUUGUCGACGAAAACGUUAAAUCAUGAUAAUGGGAUAAUAAAAGACGAUAAAUAUUUAACCACAA